UGAAAAACGACGAAAUUCGCCGUCCUGUAAAGUUUCAUUUUUUACCAACACGUUUUGUUUAUUUUUUUUUUUUUCCAAACGUUAAAUAUUACAUUAGUUAUUUAAAUACCCGGUAAACCGCCAGUGUAAUCUGAACUUUCGGCCUUUGUUUACACUUAUACCAUUAGCGCUUUCAAACGUCGGUGUCCCGAAGUACAUCUUCCCAUCGAUCGAAGAUGUUCACUCACACAGCUUCUACACUUAAUGCCGUUGCGACUGUCAAUUCUUUGGGCGUUAAACGGAAUUUUUUCAUUCUACUCUACCGAAGAUUGUUCAAUUCAUUUUGCGUUUGCACCAUUGUCGUCGUCGUCUCCUUGUUGUAUUAUCACGCACGAGAGUGGCCAGUUAACCGCCGAAAUUUGCAAUUAAAACCACCUUAUAUUGUGGGUUGAUGGGCUCACAAAAGUAAUAACUUCCUUUUUGGCCAACAAACUGGUAUUGGCUAUUUUUCUGACUUUUGACUGCCGUUGGAUUUAUCUACUGAAGCUGUUAUCUGUCAACGUUUUAAAUUAAUCUAUUGGUUAUGUCCAAUUUCAGAAAAUUAUAAAGGCGCUGGUAAACUUGAAAAACAAUUAUUUCAGUUGUACAAAAGUACUACUACAGUAUAUAUAAGUUUACUGUGAGCGGACAAUAUGCCUAAAAAACUAAUUAUUCCUAAUGACAUAAUAAGGGAAUUGAUGUCUAAAUCAGAGGGAGAUAAUGCUGCAAGUAAUCAGCUACCUGGUCCAUCUAACGCUUUGAGAAAAAGAAUUGCCAGCUCUUCUCUUAUAGCAUCUUGUUCUGCGAAAAGAAGUACAUCAACUAUAACAUUUGGUUAUUCAUCUAGUGAGAGUUCAUGUUCAAGUUUAGAUUAUCAAUCGGAUGCUCCUACUCCAAACCCCCCUCCUAAAAUAUUAAAUAAAUGCUGUAUAUGUUCAAAUAUAUGUCGAGGAAUUGCAUUUGAGCAAUGCGCGUGUUGCAAAGUUAGGGUUCACAACAACUGCCUAUGUGCUCAUCAACCCUUGUGGAAAAUCAAAUUGAUUAUGUGUCCAUGGAUCUGUAAACAGUGUCUACUAGUUAAUUGCGGUAAAUGUUUAUCUGAACAACCCAAUAUGGCAAACUUACGCCGUUGUCAUGAAUGUAAAGUUGGUGUGGAUGAAAAGUGCUAUGACCUAUUUAAGCCCAUGCUCAUGAUAGAGUGGGAAGAGAAAUUCUUAUGUAUGACAUGUGUAGCUUUUAAAAUGACAGAACAAAGAUUGGAUGAACUGCACUACUCUGGUGAAGAAGAUAGUGAAUCUAGUUCAUCGAGUUCAUCAAGUUCAUCGAGUUCCUCUAGUUCCUCUAGUUCAUCUUGUUUAUCUGGUUUUCCUUUUUCAAAUGAUUUAUCAGAAAUCAGUAAUAGUGGUUUCACAGUCACAAGUAUUAAUCACUCUUGUAAUAGCUCUCCAGAAACAACAGAAAACGAAUCGUCAUCAAAUGAAUCUUCAUACUCCUUUGGUUCAUCAAUAGAGCAUACGGAAGAUGACUCAUCAUCUGAUUCAUCAAGUGAAUCAUUAGAUGACCUAUUGCCACCAGCAGAUUUGUUGUUAUCUUAUGAGAUGGAAGAGUUUGUUGCUAUGGAUGUAACCGAUUGGGAUAAACAAGAUUUAACUGUGUAUUUGGCCUCGGUGUUGCCUGAAGACGUUUUAUCGAGAACUAUACAAAGAGAAAUCGAUGGACAUACUUUGCUGUUAAUGCGAAAGUCUGAUGCUAAUUUAAAAAUCAGAUUGAGACUUGGCCCAUCAUUGAAACUUUUUAAAGAAAUUUGCAUAAAUAAAUUCCGUGCUCUUGCAUACGGCGUUGUAUAUUAUGAUGACGAUUUUUAAAUUAUGGUAAGGUGACAGCGAUAGUUUUGAAGUUCUUUAUAAUACUUGUAAUUACAUUUUUAAGUGACAACACUUUUUUCAUUAAAAAAACCAAUUCAAAUUUUAACUUACAAUUUUUAGAAGACAUUUUAUAUAAUUUAUGAUCUAGCUGGGUAAGAUUAGGUUAGGUCAACUAUUUAAGAUAUUUUAACAUAAUAUGUACUUUUUAGCGUAAAUAUUAACAUUUUACUGAUGUUUAAUUUACAUAUAUGUAUGCCGUAUACAAAUUAAACUUAUUAAUGAAUAUUGAAAAUAUUACUUUUGAUUUGGAAUAAUUUUUCCGAAUUGUAUGUAUGCUGAAAAUUCAAUCUAAGAUUU